GUGGGCGGAGCUUCACAGGAGGCAAAAUGGCGACCACCUACAGCAGCUUCAGUUUGCACACGACACCUGAGAAGUUCUACAUCGAGGCGUGUGACGAUGGCGCUAACGAAGUCCUGGCUAUUGACCGAGUAUCUACAGAGAUGACGCUGAUAGGGAUGAAGGACAUCCCGCCUUCGGCAGUGACCCGCCCGAUAUGUGGCAUCAUGGGAACGAUACGGUUGGUAGCAGGCAUGUACCUCAUCGUCAUCACCAAGAAGAGGAAGGUGGGGGAUCUGCUGGGACACGCCGUGUGGAAGGCCGUGGAGUUCGACGUGAUCUCGUAUAAGAAGACGGUGCUGCACCUCACAGACACACAGAUGCAGGACAACAAGACCUUCCUCGCUAUGAUCAACAACGUCCUGAACACAGACGGCUUCUACUUCGCUACCGACUACGACCUCACACACACCCUGCAGCGCCUCGCUAACACCAGCCCCGAGUUUCAGGAGAUGAGUCUGCUGGAGAGGGCAGAUCAGAGGUUUGUGUGGAACGGCUACUUGUUAAGAGACUUCAGUACACAGCCGGAGCUGCACAGAUUCGCCUGUCCUGUGAUCCACGGCUUCAUUGCUAUGAAGUCCUGCUGCAUCAACGGGAAGGUCUUCGACUGGAACCUCAUCUCCAGGAGGAGCUGCUUCCGCGCCGGCGUUCGCUACUACGUCCGAGGGAUCGACUCCGAGGGUCACGCGGCAAACUUUGUGGAGACGGAGCAGAUCGUCCAGUACAGCGGCGCCAAGGCUUCCUUCAUACAAACACGUGGAUCCAUUCCAUUCUACUGGUCCCAGCGUCCAAACCUCAAAUACAAACCCAAACCACAGAUCAGCAAGAGCGGCAAUCACCUGGAUGGGUUUCAGAGACAUUUCGACUCGCAGAUCAUAACCUACGGCCGACAGGUCAUCUUAAAUCUGAUUAAUCAGAAAGGUUCUGAGAAACCUCUGGAGCUCGCCUUCGCCAAGAUGGUGGAGAGUCUCGGUAACGGCAUGAUCAAGUACGUGGCCUUUGACUUCCAUAAGGAGUGCAGUAGGAUGAGGUGGCACCGUCUGCAGAUCCUGGUGGACACGGUGGCCGAGCAGCAGGACGAGUUCGGCUUCUUCCUAGUUGACGUAGACGGAACGGUCCAGUUGCAGCAGGAGGGGACGUUUCGUAGCAACUGUAUGGAUUGUCUGGACCGUACCAAUGUGGUUCAGAGUCUCCUGGCCAGACGAUCGCUUCAGUCUCAGUUGCAGAGAAUGGGCGUCCUGCACGUGGGUCAGAGAAUUGAGGACCAGGCUGAUUUUGAAAAGAUUUACAAGAACACAUGGGCCGAUAAUGCUAAUGCUUGUGCUAAGCAGUACGCCGGUACAGGAGCACUGAAGACAGAUUUUACACGGACAGGGAAGAGGACGCAGUGGGGGCUGGUGAUGGACGGCUGGAACUCAAUGAUCAGAUAUUACAAGAACAACUUCUCUGAUGGAUUCAGACAGGACUCCAUCGAUCUGUUUUUAGGAAACUACGCAGUGGAUGAAGCGGACCUGAGCACUAAUCUCCAUGAAGCCAAAGACUGGAAGUUCCUUACUCUGCCGAUUAUCAUGGUGGUAGCGUUCUCCAUGUGCAUUAUCUGCCUCCUCAUGGCCGGUGAGACAUGGACGGAGACGUUGGCGUAUGUGUUGUUCUGGGGAAUAGCGAGCGUGGUCACGGCCGGCGUGAUCCUCUUCAACGGCCGAGACUUCGUGGACGCUCCCAAGUUGGUCCAAAAGGAGAAGAUGGACUGAGAGUGCGUGUGUGGAAAGCAGCUGGGUCCCGUUGACUCUUCAUCCUCGUCCUCAUCCCCGUCUUUGUCCUCGGGACUUUCCUUCUCUCGUCUGCACCGUGACUGGAGUCUGUACUGAACGUCGUCAUCAUCGCCAUUCUGUCACGAUGGAAGAGGCACGGAGGAGGAGGAGGAGAGAGGAGGAGAAGAAGAAGAGCAGAGGCCAGGCGGGGCCAAAUGGGUGGGUGUCGGCAGGAUGGACUUGUAGCCACGCCCACUCGCUGCUCUCCACACUGCAGUCUCAUCUCAGAGGAACAAGCCCAGACCGAAGGGGUGCUGUUCUUCAUCUCAGAGCUACACUUGAGAAACCACAUCCUUCACUGUCACACACACGCACACACACACACACACACACACACACCAUAAUGUAGCUUGUAUUUUAGUAUUGACUGAACCAAUAAUGAGGUUUUUAUCCUAAAACCUGUUUCCGGGCACUUAAGCGGCAAGUUCAGGGCGGGCGAUGCGACAAUAUUUGAUGAUUUAUCGUGAUAUAUCGCGGAUAUCGUCUGUAUUUUUAGACACUAAACCCCACUGCAUGUGUCAUGAGCGAUUUAAACCAAUCACAGAUUCUGUAAACAAGUGGGUUUUUUUUUUGUAAGCACUGAAAUGAAAAAUAUUUGACAUGAUUCUGUGAUUCUAUGUAUCGUGAUUUAUAUAUUGUGCGUCUGAAAAAGAGUGACCCAAUCAUAUUUAUUGCCGUGUCGCCCGCCUCUGUGCCAAAAUUGUUGAUAUGUUUGUUUCAGUUGCCAUGACGAUCUGUCGAUUCAGAUUUACGUCGCCUGUUAAAUCUGUGUUAAAGCAGUGGUUCGGCCAAAAGUGAACCGUACGUGUAUCUCCACGUGAACACAAUGUAGCCGAAAUCUCGUUUUUUGUGUGCGAACGUUUGCGUCUUUAGUUUUGCGCUGGAGCUACGAGGCUAACAAAGUGAAAAAGUAACAAAAGCUCAGACCUGCCAACCUUCACACAUUUUGCCUAGGAGCUGCCAAAUCUGUACACUCAAAAACACACCUUUUUUGUUUCCUGCCAAUGAAAAUGACACACAAAACAAUAGAAAUGAUUGACAGGUAUUAAGCCACGCCUCCUUUCUCUCGUCUCACUUUAGUGAUCUUUCAGUUGUUGUAUGUUUAACUUAGCUAACAUUAGACAAUAAGUUAAAUACACUAUAUUGCCAAAAGUAUUGGGACACCCCUCCAAAUCAUUGCAUUCAGGUGUUGGACUCGGGCCCCUUAGUUCCAGUGAAAGGAACUCUUAAUGCUUCAGCUUCACACCAAGACAUUUUGGACAAUUUCAUGCUUUGUGGUAACAGUUUGGGGAUGACCCCUUCCAAGGUCUAUAAAGACAUGGAUGAGAGAGUUUGGUGUGGAGGAACUUGACUGACCUGCACAGAGUCCUGACCUCAACCCCAUAGAACACCUUUGGGAUGAAUUAGAGUGGAGACUGUGAGCCAGGCCACCUUGUCCAACAUCAGCGGCUGACCUCACAAAUGACCACGUUUCUAGAGGAAUGGUCAAAAAUUCCCAUAAACACACUCCUAAACCUUGUGGAAAGCCUUCCCAGAAGAGUUGAAGCUGUUAUAGCUGUAAACUCCAUAUUACAUUCAUGUGCAUGUAAAGGCAGACAUCCCAAAACUUUUGGCCUGGCUCACAGUCUCCACUCUAAUUCAUGGGAGCAUGAAACUGUCCAAAAUGUCUUGGUAUGAAGCUGAAGCAUUAAGAGUUCCUUUCACUGGAACUAAGGGGCCGAGCCCAACCCCUGAAUUCAAUUAAUUGGAGGGUUGUCCCAAUACUUUUGGCAAUAUGUUGUAUAUUUAUUAGUGAUGCACCACAUUUUAAAAAUGAGCCCAUUAUGGUCAAAACAAAACUAAAUGUUUUUCAUCCAGAAGUGAAGAUUGAAAAUUUUGAAUGAAUUAAAAAAAUUAAACAGGCCUACAUCGAGGUGUCACUCUUCACCUUUACUGCUAAAAUAAUUUUUAAUUAAAACGUGUCACAUUUACACCGUUUCAGACGCGGACAACUUCACCUGUCACAACUGAGGACGUGAAUUUUAUAUAGAAAAGGAUUCCAAUCGGAAAACAGGUCACUUUGGUCAUCUUUAUCAGCAGAAUUACGCAUUGUUUCGUCUCACGGUUGCCGAGUGUGACCGCUUAGAGCUAGCACGUUAGCGUUGUUCACACCGCGUAACACUUAGUACAGAAAUGUUCACCAAAGUCCGAACCUGAAGCUGCGUGAGCAUCAGAAUCACGUCACGUUUAACUUUAAACACUAAAAAAAACAAAUUGUACUUUUCAUUUUUGGCCUUUAAAGCUUUAAUAAUAAUACCACCUGAGUGACCGCUAGCAUAACCGGUACCUUUUAAAAAAACUGCUACCUGAACCUCAGCAGCAACCACUCACUUUUAGUCACGUUAGCUUGCUAACCUGCUAAUUUAGCUAGCUUGAAAGUUACUGGCUGCUGGAAUGCUGUAUAUAUUUUUAUUUUUAUGUCUUCUAUUUUGCCGUGCCAUGAAGGCUAAUGUUUAAAACCAGGACUUGGAGCGCCGCUAGCUGUGUUCUAAGCGUCUAUAAGGCUAAUAAUGUUAGUAGAGACUGGAAUAUACGAAUGGGGUAAUGGGUUUAUGUCUUAUUUAAAGUGUGCCUUUUUUCUUUUUGACCUGAUUUUAUUACUUUUGGUCAACUUUUUGUUUGUUUUUGUUUUUCCUGUCUGUUGUAUGUCGUCCAGCACCAUCACGAUCUGCUAAAAGCUAGAGGUGUGCAGAUAUGAAAUGUUUGUCAUGAGAAAUUAGCCAAAACUACAUCGUAUACUGUAUUUUGAUGACAUUUUUUCAAUAUGGUUGAAGUUCCGUCAGCGGGUUAAACUUUUAAAGUGUAAUUUUAGUCUUAGGAAGUAUUUUCGUGGAAAAUAACCAGCACAUCUGAGGUAAAUGUCGACGUUUUCGACAAUUUUGUCUCAUUUCCAUGAUCACCGUGCCUUCACAAUGUCCGUGUAAGUGCUUUGUGCUAGCUGAGACGCUUCAGGCUGUGAGCAUUAGUGCUAUUUAUUUCCAUUAUGUUUAUUUUUCUCUCCACAGAACUCUUUAUUUGUGAUCUGAAUUAGAUUAGGCUUUAUCCUGGAGCAGUUUCCUCACAAAUGAAAUAUUUCCAUAUAUGGUCCAUAUGAAAUAUUGUGUAACGGAAAAGUGGCCCAUGCCUAGUGAAGACAUUUUAUCUCACAUAAUGUAAUGAAGUGGGAACAAGUUUUAUUUGUUGUUAAUUAUGUUUUUGCUGCAUUUUAACUCCUUGUAAAUUCCAAGUUGAAUGGAUCGCCUGCCUUAAAACCCCAGGAGACAGAAGCGUAGGUGAAUAUAGCGCCGUCUUGCAUCUGCCUUACCACAGAAUGUAAUAGCAACAGCGGUUAGUAUUGUUAUGAAAUUGAUCACGUCUAUGUCUUUUUUUUUGUUUAGUAGUCUCUUUGAUCUGAUCUUCUGGACUUACAGAUCGAUCUACAUGACUGAAAAGUCUGGGGCAAAUCCUCCGGUCAGCUUGUUUUGAUGCUCACACAUUUCACUUUGUCUAAUGCAUUGUGUAUGUUCAAUUAAAGGGGCGCUAGGAUUAAAUCUGAUCUCUGGUGUCUCUCUUUAGUCUCUUUCAGACUACAUAGUUUAACAAUAUUCACUGAGGCCAAGUGUUUAUAAAAUUAACUUCAACUCAACACCUGACGAUCAGCUCAGUGCUGUCAGUGAGUUGCAGUUCCUGAAAUGGCCUGCAGAUGGUGGUGGUGUGCAGCAGCUAUGGAAAAUGUUAACGCGCAAGGAGAGAAAGAAGAAGAAGCUUCUCGUGUGUGCUUAGUGAAAAUUUGACAGAACUUUGUUUUUAUUUAUUUAUUUGUUGCUGUAUUUACAGGCUGGAUUUUUUUUUUUAUAGUUCACAUGCAGACAGGUACAGAACCAUUUAUGGACAUCAUUUACAUUUAGGUGUGUUUUUUCUAUCGCUAAGAUUGAGCCUAAUUCUGUGCUCUGUGUGUGAGAGAUUAGAGAGAGAGAGAGAGAGAGAGAGAGAGAGAGAGAGAGAGAGAGAGAGAGAGAGAGAGAGAUGUUUGCAGAGCUGAACAGCAUUCUCAACACCAGCCCUGAUGACGUCACACAGCUGGCUGUAGAGUGUGUUUCGUGGGCCUGGUGCAGUCGUUCAGUCACUACAGUGCUGUGGCUCAGAGGCUGGGAGUAAAUCUGGUGCAGGCGAGAGAGAAAGGUCAGCUGGUGUUUGUAG